CUGCUGCUGCUGCUGCAGGCAUAGAAGGACAUUUGGAGCAUUGCUUGAGAGUCGCGUCGAGUCGCGUCGAGUGUCAAGUGCUUUUGUUGUGCGUAUUGAUAUUGUGAAGUAGCUGGGCAGAGCGAGUGAGUGUGCGAGUGUGAGUGUUAUUGUAUAAUUAGCAGAAUGCGCAAUUGUUUGCCAAAAAUAUUUCGCACCAAAUCAUCGUCGUCGGUGUCGCUGUCGUCGUCGACGUCGACGUCGACCAGAAACGCGGCCGGCCAUUCAAAUGAAUUGGAUGUGGACUCUGAUGCGGAACGCUAUGUCAUUGCGCCAGCAAAUGCUAAAUUAGCUAGGGCCGCUGAUCAGCCGCUCGAUAGAAAUGCCAAUAAAAAGCUGCAUCAACAGCAACGGCAACGGCAACGAAAGCAGCAGCAGCAGCAGCAACAGGCGCCAGCCACAGCGACGACAACGACGACGACGACGGCAACGACGUCGUCCGCUGAUGACGUCGAUAAGAACCGGCUGAUAAGCGCUGAUAGAAUAGCUAAUUCAAAUAGUUCGGAUUUAGAGACAAGCAACAACGGCCACAGCCAGAGCCAGAGCAACAGCAGCAAUGGCAAUGGCAACCAAACAGCGACAAAUGGCAGCAUCCGCCAAGUGCUCGACGCGAAUCCGACCUCGGAAAUGAAGGUGGCUGACGGUGAAAUUUUAUUAGCAGCGCCAGUGCCCGUUGCGUUGUCAUUGCCAGCGCCAGCGCCAGCGCCAACGCCAGCAUCGUUGGCCUCGUUGCCGAGCAACUCCAGCAAAACGCCCGAGGAAAUGGAACGGGAGUACGCCGCAAAUGAGGCGGCCGAGGGCAGGGAUAUAAUGACGCCACUGAUACGCAGCACAAGGUCAUUGAGCACGGCCUUCGCCGGUGGCAGCGCCAGUGGUGGUGGUCCAGGUGGCGGCGGUGGCGUUGCUGCUGGCAGCGCUGCUGGAGUGGGCCGCAUUAUGCAGCCGGAAAUAGUCGAGGCCAUACGCAAUCUGGACACACAGGCAUUGCGUUUGAACAACCUCACGCUGGAGGACAGAGUGAAGCUGACACAGCUGCAGGAUGCCAAGGCAAAGGAAACCCAUGAUGUGGCUGUGGUGCGACCCAAGGUAUUCGCAUUCGAUCGCCAGACGCACAGCCUCUACGAGCGACGGCUGCACAAGGGGCCCAAGCUGCGGCUGUGGGUGGGCAACGGCAAGAAGCCGUCGCCGCAAACCGAGGAGGAUGAGCUCAAAACAUUUCAGCGAAAUCUCAUGGACUUGAAAUAUCCAACCGUGCUACCACCGAAUCCUCAACUUAAGGCGCUUUUAGUUUUUCACAAAUCGGAUAGCAUCUGCGAGGUGGUCACCUUGGCCUGCCAGCGCCACCAGCUGGACGUAACGCUGGUCAAGUCCAAGGAGGAGGCGCUCGAAACGCUGCACAAGUCCUAUGCCACGGCGCAGUGCUAUCACCUAAUUAUAAUUGAUGCGCGCUCCACAAAGGGUCUCGACGCCGAGCACAUUGCAAGAACAAUACGCCACACACACGGACAUCACUUAACGACAAUAAUUGCCGUCUGCAAAAAGAGUUUCUUUGAGAAGGAUGAUGCGCUAAUUGCUCUAUUGGACGCUGGCGUUAAUAGAUGCAUAGCCGAGACGACCAACCUGACCCUGUGCAGCGUCGAACUGAAGCAGAUACUGCACUCGAUCAUCCGGCCACAUAAUGUGAUGUCCACUCAACAGGCACUGUAUACGGCCCUGCACCGGCUGAAGGAGGUGGUGCUCAUCACGGACGACGUGCUGCGCAUACAAUAUGCGAACCGAGCCACCGAGCGACUGCUCAACAUGCGGCUGGAUGAAAUAAUUAGCAAGCCAUUAGGCGACAUCUUCGUCUCGGACCUGUCCACCAUCAGCGAGCAGGGCAAGAGCAUCAAGGAGUUCGAUGGCAUUCUAAUGGUGCGCCGCAAGAAUCAGGAGAGCAUUCCCAUGCACGUGCGUGUCGUGCCCGUGGCCUGCAUCGGCAGUGCACCGACGCAUCUGAUUUUCAACUUCGAUAUACCCGGCGGCGGUAUGGACUUCAUUGCAACGCUGCCGCAGCCAAAGGAGGCGCCGCGGGGCUCGCUGCACUCGGUGCGCCGCUGCAGCUUCGACGUGCGCUCGAUUGCCUCGGACGGACUGCGCCGCACCAGCCUGGCCAAGCUGACGUCGCUGCCGCUGGAGGCGCCCAUCACCAAAAUAAUCAAUUUACUAUCACAAGUACAGGAGAAUUGUUCAGCGGACGAGGCACGCCUCAUAGACAAAGUCUUGGACUUCCUCAAGCGCGAAGGACUCUACAGUCCCCAAAUGAAAGAGCUACGCACAGACGAUCCCAUAGCCACCGAUCUCAUUGGCGCCCUGCUGACAGGUCCCAGUGUCUACUCGUCGCGGCGCAGCUCGAACGACUCCAUCAUCCGCACUGGCAACUCGACGCGCGCGGCCACCAUAGUACCCGCCAAGAUGAAGGCCAAUCCCAUCAUCAUGGAACUACUUGAAGAAUCUCUGAAAUGGGACUUUGAUAUUUUCAAAUUGGAAGAGAUCACCGACUACCAUCCGCUGCUGUACUUGGGCAUGGAGAUGUUCCGGCGCUUCGAUGUCUUCGCCACGCUGAACAUCGACGAGAACGUCUGCAAGGCUUGGCUGGCCGUCAUCGAGGCGCACUACCACAAGAGCAACACAUAUCACAAUAGCACACAUGCAGCGGAUGUUAUGCAGGCAACGGGCGCCUUCAUUACACAGCUGGCCAGCAAGGAUAUGGUCAUGGAUCGCAUGGACGAGGCAACGGCCCUGAUUGCAGCCGCUGCUCAUGACGUCGAUCAUCCGGGACGCUCCUCGGCCUUUCUGUGCAACUCGAACAAUCCACUGGCCAUAUUGUAUAAUGACCUGACGGUGCUGGAGUCCCACCACGCUGCCAUCACUUUCAAGCUGACCCUGGGUGAUGACAAGUUCAACAUAUUCAAAAACCUGGACAAGGAGACGUACAAAUCGGCGCGCAGCACAAUCAUCGAUAUGAUUCUGGCCACGGAGAUGACGCGUCACUUUGAGCACUUGGCCAAGUUUGUGAGCGUCUUUGGCAGCGAGGUGGAGCCGCGCGAGCUUGUGCAAUCCGAGGAGGAGACAUCCAUACUCAUGCGCCGCAUGCUCAUCAAGGUGGCCGAUGUGAGCAAUCCGGCCCGUCCCAUGCAGUACUGCAUCGAGUGGGCGCGCCGCAUUGCCGAGGAGUACUUUAUGCAGACGGACGAGGAGAAGCAGCGGCACCUGCCCAUCGUGAUGCCCAUGUUCGAUCGGGCCACCUGCAGCAUACCAAAGAGCCAGAUUGGUUUUAUCGAAUACAUUAUACAGGAUAUGAUGCACGCCUGGGACGGUUUUAUUGAUAUGCCCGAGCUGAUCACGUGCAUGCAGAUCAACUACUCACAGUGGAAGAAAUAUGACGAGCAGGGCAUCAAUACACUCGCCGAUAUUAUGGCCAAGCAGCCGCCGGUGGGCAACAAGUCGUCUAGCUCCAAAUAGCAUACGGCUUUCCGGAGAUUAUUCUCGGGUCUACUGAAGCCGCUGCCGGCCCAGGCGCCUGCCACAUCCACAAUUGGCGAGAACGAGAUGGAGGAUAUGCUCUAGUGCAGGCGCAUCCGGACCCAGGGCCGUGGCUUGCGUCGCUGUCUCUCGGCAUAGGUCUCGUUCUACUUGUUGUUGUCGCUGCUAUGCAUACAUAUCUCGACUAAAUAACGCUUCCAAAACUGUGCUCUGUAUGGGAUGUGUGUGUGUGUGUGUGUGUGGGUGGGUGGGUGUGUGGUUGUGUUUGUGUGCGUGGCGGAAAUCUUAAUACGCAGUGACAGCUGAGUCUCCAUGAAUGGGAGGAAGAAGACGCGCACACACACACAACCACCAACCCACCCACUCACACACACACACACAGACACACACAUGCACACAAAAACUGUCGCAAAUGUUUGAAGAGCAAAACUAAACAAAACAAAGAAAACAAAAAACUAACUAAAAACAAAA